CGCCAUCGCCGGCACCGACUCUCCUCCUCCCCCCUACCUCUCUCCCCAGCGCCCGUACUGGCAUCAGCUUCCCUCGUUUGGAUUGCUUUGUCUGGAAUGCUGAUUACCACAAGUUAAAAUGUCGGAUCAAGAUCUAGUGACCCAGCACCCUCAACCGCAGGUAAAAUGCCAGCAGUCCAAGUUUAUUAUUGGCUCCGUGUCCGAGGACAACUCGGAGGAUGAGAUCGGAAUGAGCGGCAGCAAGUCGGAUAUUACGGAAGACAAGGAGCGAUCGUUAUCACCCUCCUCUGUAAAUUCUGACAGUCUGUCUGAUCUGGGGAUGAACAACGAUGGUUUUCCUCUACAAAUGAGGCCAAGCAUGUCGGGAUUGCAUCUGAUGAAACAAGGACGGGACAAGAAGAAGCUGGAGCUACAGAGAGACUUCACAGUUGCUUCCCCAGCUGAAUUUGUAACUCGCUUCGGCGGCAAUAAAGUUAUUGAAAAGGUUCUGAUUGCUAACAAUGGUAUUGCUGCCGUGAAGUGCAUGAGAUCCAUACGACGCUGGUCUUAUGAAAUGUUCAGGAACGAGCGUGCCAUUCGAUUUGUUGUCAUGGUUACACCAGAAGACCUGAAAGCUAACGCAGAAUACAUUAAAAUGGCAGACCACUAUGUUCCUGUACCAGGAGGACCAAACAAUAAUAACUAUGCAAAUGUUGAACUGAUCCUGGAUAUAGCAAAACGCAUCCCAGUCCAGGCAGUGUGGGCUGGCUGGGGUCAUGCGUCUGAGAAUCCUAAACUACCAGAACUAUUAUGUAAACAUGGCAUUGCGUUCAUUGGUCCCCCGAGUCUUGCUAUGUGGGCACUGGGAGAUAAAAUUGCUUCUUCUAUCGUAGCACAGACAGCAGGAAUUCCCACUCUUCCCUGGAGUGGCAGCGGCCUGCUUAUUGAUUGGACAGAAACUAAACCUCUGAAACUGAUCAUGAGCGUUCCUUCUGAGCUGUACGAGAAAGGCUGCAUUGCAGACGUGGAGAGUGGUAUGAAGGCUGCAGAAGACAUUGGCUACCCAUUGAUGAUCAAGGCCUCAGAGGGAGGUGGAGGAAAAGGGAUAAGAAAGGUGAACAAUGCUGAGGAUUUCCCAAAUCUUUUCAGACAGGUACAAACAGAAGUCCCAGGUUCUCCAAUCUUUGUGAUGAGACUUGCCAAACAUGCACGUCAUCUCGAAGUCCAAAUCCUUGCAGAUCACUACGGCAAUGCAAUCUCCUUAUUUGGCCGCGAUUGCUCAGUUCAGCGACGACACCAGAAGAUUAUCGAAGAAGCUCCAGCGACAAUUGCUACUUCGUUAGUGUUUGACAACAUGGAGAAGUGUGCAGUGAAACUGGCCAAAAUGGUGGGCUACACAAGCGCAGGCACAGUAGAGUAUCUGUACAGUCAAGACGGAAGCUUCUACUUCCUGGAGUUAAACCCCCGGCUUCAGGUGGAACAUCCUUGCACUGAAAUGGUUGCGGAUGUGAACCUACCUUCUGCACAGUUACAGAUUGCUAUGGGAAUCCCUCUGCACAGAGUCAAGGACAUUCGGAUGUUGUAUGGAGUUGCUCCGUGGGGAGAUUCGCCGAUUGAUUUUGAGAAUUCAUUGAAUAUCCCCUGUCCGCGUGGUCACGUGAUAGCCGCUCGUAUCACCAGCGAAAACCCAGAUGAGGGGUUCAAGCCAAGCUCUGGAACGGUUCAGGAGCUGAAUUUCCGCAGCAGUAAAAACGUCUGGGGUUACUUCAGCGUGGCAGCAGCGGGAGGUCUCCAUGAGUUUGCUGACUCCCAGUUUGGGCACUGCUUUUCCUGGGGGGAGAACCGAGAAGAGGCCAUCUCCAAUUUGGUGGUGGCGCUGAAGGAGCUGUCCAUUCGUGGUGAUUUCAGAACAACCGUGGAGUACCUGAUCCGACUGCUGGAGACUGAGUGCUUCCAGCAGAACAGCAUUGACACUGGCUGGCUGGAUCGGUUGAUUGCAGAGAAAGUGCAGGCUGAGAGGCCCGAUACCAUGCUGGGAAUCGUUUGUGGAGCUCUUCAUGUCACAGAUAAAUCGUUCAGGAACAGUGUCUCCAAUUUUCUUCACUCUUUGGAAAGGGGACAAGUCUUGCCAGCUCAUACUCUUCUGAACACAGUGGAAGUGGAACUCAUUUUUGAAGGAGUGAAAUAUGUGCUGAAGGUUACGCGGCAGUCACCUAAUUGUUACGUCGUGAUAAUGAACGAUUCGUGUGUGGAGGUGGAUGUUCAUCGGCUGAGUGAUGGCGGUCUGCUGUUGUCCUACGACGGCAGCAGCUACACAUCGUACAUGAAGGAGGAGGUGGACAGGUACCGCGUUACCAUUGGUAAUAAGACCUGCGUGUUUGACAAGGAGAAUGACCCUUCGCUGUUACAUUCGCCCUCUGCGGGAAAGCUGAUCCAGUACACGGUAGAGGAUGGUGGUCAUGUUUUCGCAGAGCACUGCUUCGCUGAAAUUGAGGUGAUGAAGAUGGUGAUGACACUGGCUGCACAGGCCUCCGGCUGCAUCCAUUAUGUGAAGCGACCAGGAGCAAUCCUGGAACCAGGCUGCGUGAUUGCCAAGAUGCAACUGGACGAUCCAAGCAGAGUCCAGCAGGCUGAGUUAUUCACACAACCUCUGCCCAGGAUCCAGAACUUGGCUCUCCGUGGAGAAAAGCUUCACCGCAUCUUCCAUUACGUCCUGGACAAUCUGGGGAACAUCAUGAACGGAUUCUGCCUGCCCGAGAUCUACUUUGACGUCAAGGUGAAAGACUGGGUGGAAAGACUCAUGCAGACACUGAGGGACCCAUCCCUCCCACUGUUGGAGCUUCAGGAUAUCAUGACCAGUGUUGCUGGACGAAUCCCCCAGGCAGUGGAGAAGGCUAUCAAAAAAGAGAUGGCCCAGUAUGCAAGCAAUAUCACCUCUGUGCUAUGCCAAUUCCCCAGCCAGCAGAUUGCCAACAUUCUGGACAGUCAUGCUGCAACUCUGAAUAGGAAAUCGGAGAGGGAGGUUUUUUUCAUGAAUACACAGAGCAUCGUUCAGCUGGUGCAGAGGUAUCGGAGUGGCAUUCGGGGUCACAUGAAGGCUGUCGUCAUGGAUCUUCUCCGGCAGUAUUUGAAGGUGGAGAUUGAAUUCCAGCAAGGGCAUUAUGAGAAAUGUGUCUUUAUUCUACGAGAAGACCAUAAAGCAGACAUGACUACAGUCCUGAACUACAUCUUCUCUCACGCCCAAGUCACUAAGAAGAACCUUCUUGUUACAAUGCUUAUUGAUCAGUUGUGUGGACGGGAUCCUACCCUGACCGACGAGCUGAUUGCUAUCCUAACUGAGUUAACGCAACUGAGCAAGACCACCAAUGCAAAAGUGGCUCUCCGAGCUCGGCAGGUUCUGAUUGCAUCGCACUUGCCCUCUUAUGAGCUGCGUCACAAUCAGGUGGAGUCCAUCUUCCUCUCAGCCAUUGAUAUGUACGGGCAUCAGUUCUGCAUCGAGAACCUUCAGAAGCUGAUCCUGUCAGAGACGUCCAUCUUUGAUGUUCUUCCCAAUUUCUUCUAUCACAGUAACCAAGUGGUGAGAAUGGCAGCGCUGGAGGUUUAUGUGCGAAGAGCCUACAUUGCAUACGAGUUGAACAGUGUACAGCAUCGGCAGCUGCAGGAUGGAGCAUGCAUUGUGGAGUUUCAAUUCAUGUUGCCAACAUCUCACCCUAACAGAGGGAACAUCCCCACACUUAACAGGAUGUCUUUCUCUUCAAACUUGAACCAUUAUGGGAUGUUUCACGUCGCUAGUGUGAGUGAUGUUCUGCUUGACACCGCUUUCACUCCACCUUGCCAGCGAAUGGGAGCAAUGGUCGCCUUCCGUACCUUUGAAGAUUUUGCCAAAAACUUUCAGGAUGUAACCAGCUGCUUUACGGAUUCGCCACCUUCCAGCCCAACCUUUCCUGAAUCAGGGCAUGCCUCCCUUUAUGACGAUGACCACAAGAGUGUGAGAGAUGAACCCAUUCACAUCCUCAACGUGGCCAUCAAAAUUGAUAAUGACACUGAUGACGAUGGUCUUGGUACGAUGUUCGGGGAGUUCAUGUAUUCAAUGAGAUCAAUUUUGUUUGACCAUGGCAUUCGACGCCUGACUUUCCUCGUGGCACAGAAGGAUUUCCGGAAGCAGUGUAAUUACGAAGUGGAUCGGAGGUUCCAUAGAGAAUUUCCAAAGUUCUUCACUUUCCGCUCAAGAGACAAGUUUCAGGAAGACCGGAUUUACCGGCAUCUGGAGCCAGCCUUGGCUUUCCAACUGGAGCUGAAUCGGAUGCGGAAUUUUGAUCUAAGCGCAAUGCCGUGCGCCAACCAUAAAAUGCACCUCUAUCUCGGCGCUGCAAAGGUGGAGGCAGGAAUUGAGGUCACCGACUACAGAUUCUUUGUACGAGCCAUCAUUCGGCACUCGGACUUGGUCACUAAGGAAGCCUCGUUUGAGUACCUGCAGAAUGAGGGCGAGCGUUUGUUACUGGAAGCUAUGGACGAAUUGGAAGUGGCAUUUAACAACACUAACGUUCGAACAGACUGCAACCACAUCUUCCUCAACUUCGUUCCCACUGUUAUCAUGGAUCCUUCAAAGAUUGAAGAGUCCGUGCGCAGCAUGGUGAUGCGAUACGGCAGUCGUCUCUGGAAGCUACGGGUGCUUCAGGCUGAGCUGAAAAUAAAUAUACGCCUGACUCCCACUGGGAAAGCCAUUCCAAUCAGGCUCUUUCUGACCAAUGAGUCAGGUUAUUACCUGGAUAUUAGUCUGUACAAGGAGGUGACAAACGUCGGGACUAGUCAGAUCAUGUUUCAAGCCUAUGGGGAUAAACAAGGACCGUUGCAUGGAAUGCUUAUCAACACCCCCUAUGUGACCAAAGAUUUACUGCAAUCCAAGAGGUUUCAAGCGCAAUCCCUUGGAACGACCUAUGUAUACGACCUGCCUGAAAUGUUCCGUCAGGCUUUAAUUAAACUAUGGACCUCAUUGGAAGUUCAGGCCGAGUUGCCUCCAAUGCCUGCGGAGUUAAUGACAUUCACAGAGUUAGUGCUGGACAGUCAAGGUCAGCUGCUGCAGCUGAAUAGACUUCCUGGGGGCAAUGAGAUUGGUAUGGUGGCCUGGAAGAUGCACCUAAAGUCACCAGAAUGUCCAGAUGGCCGCGACCUCAUCGUCAUCAGCAACGACAUCACUCACAAGAUCGGGUCCUUUGGGCCGCAGGAGGACCUCUUGUUUCUCAGAGCUUCCGAGUUCGCCCGGACCAAAGGCAUCCCGCGCAUCUACAUAGCGGCAAACAGUGGAGCGAGGAUAGGACUGGCGGAAGAAAUCCGGCACAUGUUUCACGUGGCCUGGGAAGAUGCUGCUGACCCGUACAAGGGAUACAAGUACCUGUACCUCACCCCCCAGGACUAUAAGAAGGUUAGCGCAUUGAACUCUGUCCACUGUGAACACGUUGAGGAUGAAGGGGAAUCAAGGUACAAAAUAACAGACAUCAUUGGAAAAGAAGAGGGCCUGGGAGUUGAAAAUCUUCGAGGGUCAGGAAUGAUAGCAGGAGAAUCAUCCUUGGCUUAUGACGAGAUUAUCACCAUAAAUUUGGUCACUUGCCGUGCGAUUGGUAUCGGCGCAUACCUUGUCAGACUGGGACAGAGAACUAUCCAAGUGGAAAACUCGCACAUCAUUUUGACCGGAGCUGGUGCCUUGAACAAGGUGCUGGGUCGAGAGGUGUAUACGUCCAACAACCAGCUGGGUGGGGUCCAGAUCAUGUACAACAAUGGCGUGACCCACACAACUGUCUACGACGACUUCGAGGGAGUUGUUACCGUUCUCCAGUGGCUGUCCUACAUGCCAAAGAAUAUUUCAAGUUCCGUGCCUAUCCUCAACCCCAAGGAUCCCGUUGACCGAGAUAUUGACUUUCUUCCAACAAAAGCCCCUUAUGAUCCUCGGUGGAUGCUGUCGGGACGACUUCACCCAACACAAAAAGGACAAUGGCAGAAUGGCUUCUUUGACAAUGGAUCCUUCAUGGAAAUGAUGCAGCCAUGGGCACAGACGGUGGUGGUGGGAAGAGCCAGAUUGGGCGGCAUACCUGUGGGAGUGGUUGCUGUGGAAACCAGAUCUGUAGAGUUAUCAAUACCAGCAGAUCCUGCAAACUUGGAUUCGGAAGCAAAGAUAAUCCAGCAAGCUGGGCAGGUGUGGUUUCCAGACUCUGCCUUCAAAACUGCUCAAGCCAUUAAGGACCUGAAUCGAGAAGGGCUUCCGUUGAUGGUGUUUGCCAAUUGGCGAGGUUUCUCUGGAGGAAUGAAAGACAUGUAUGAUCAAGUGUUGAAGUUUGGCGCAUACAUAGUGGACGGGUUGCGGGAAUACAGGCAGCCUGUGCUCAUCUAUAUACCCCCGAACGCAGAACUGAGAGGAGGCUCGUGGGUAGUCAUUGACACCACCAUCAACCCCAGGCACAUGGAGAUGUAUGCAGACAAGGAAAGCAGAGGUGGUGUACUGGAGCCAGAGGGGACAGUAGAGAUCAAAUUCCGCAAGAAAGACUUGGUGAAAACAAUGCGGAGGGUGGACCCUGUGUACAUGAACCUGGCCGAGCGCUUGGGCACUCCGGAGCUGAGUCCGUGCGAGAGGAAGGAGCUGGAGACAAAACUGAAAGAGAGGGAGGAGUUUCUGCUGCCCAUCUAUCACCAGGUUGCAGUGAAGUUUGCCGACCUUCACGAUACACCGGGUCGCAUGCAAGAGAAAGGGGUGAUCACGGACAUCUUGGACUGGCCAACAUCACGCACGUUCUUCUACUGGCGCCUGCGCAGAUUGCUACUGGAAGAAACGGUGAAGAGAAAGAUCCUGAAUGCAAACUCUGAGUUGACCGAUGGGCAGAUUCAGGCAAUGCUUAGACGCUGGUUUGUGGAAGCCGAAGGUGCUGUGAAGGCCUAUCUCUGGGAUGACAACAAGGAUGUGGUGGAAUGGCUGGAGAAACAGCUGGUGGAGGAGGAAGGGGCUCGAUCCGUCAUUGACGAGAACAUCAAGUAUAUCAGCAGAGAUUACAUCCUCAAACAGAUCCGGAGCUUGGUGCAGGCCAAUCCCGAAGUUGCCAUGGACUCCAUCGUUCACAUGACUCAACACAUCUCGCCGGCCCAGCGAGCCGAGAUCAUGCGCAUCCUCUCCUCCAUGGAUGCCCCCGCCCCCACGUAGACUGCUUCAGCAGCGGCUGACAGGGACGCUGGCUCUGCCUCCCAUCGCCAACGCAAAUGCCGUGCGGAGCAAGGACGUGCGAGACGGCGAGCAGAAACGCAAGCACAGGAACGCAGACACCGACCCGGCCUGUUGUCGACACUUUUAACCAUUUAUAAUCCGAUGUAAAAUGAGAAUACAUUUAAUUUAACCGGACUUAGAUCAUGAUGUGAUAUAAAUGUCUAUAUUCCCUGCACUGCAAAAGUCCCUCCAGUCUCAUGGCCUUUUGAAAGGUGCUGGAUAUGCCUUAAAGAUACAGGUGAAGAUAAAGGCUUAGUCAAACUGCCAGCUCUCAAAUCCAUGCACUAAAACCAGUUCCGUUUCAGAUAUAAACGUCCGGUUAUCUCAAUAAGGGCACAUGGUACGUUGCGGUUUGCAGUGCUAGUUAACUGUGCAAUCAAACUAGAAUGGUCCUAGUUUGUGACAAUGUUUUACUAAUUUGUGCAAUUGUCCACAUUUCAUUACUCUGACUGCUGCUUCCCUAGUUUCUAGACAAAUGAAUUAAAACAGAAACUGUCAUAAAAGAACAACUGCAAACCAAGGACAAGUUGUAACCCAGUCCCAGAACCAAUCCCAACGUCUUGGCAAGAUCUAAGUCGCGAGGGGAAAAUGAGCCCUCAGCUCUGAGAUGUGGAACAAUACAGGCGUGUGUACAAGAUGAUAGAAUGUGAGGCUUUGAGUCUAUGUUAAAAUAAAAGCCAUCAGAUAUA